AAACCUAAUUAGCGCAGUUACCUUUAAUCAGCGCGUAAUUAAUUAUAUCGCGACCCUCGGAGACUCUAAUUACAAACACAUGUACUCCUCCUCCUUAUUACACGGUGAGUAAUUUUUUUUUUGUAAAAUCUUGGAUAAUUGACCCGAUAAAAAUUUUUCAAAGCACCUACUACUGCGCCUCGUGCGUAAUUCUAUAGCCGAAAUUUCUCACGACCACACGGACGAUAAUGGUGUCCGUGCGAGGAAUUCUUAUCUGAUAAAAUCUCGUCACCGUUUAAGCAAUAGCCAGUAUUGAGUUAUCCAUUAACCUCGACGGUAUAGUCUUCGAAAUUGCAGCUCGUCGACUGACGCAAACACAAUUUACGCUUUACCCGACGAUCAAAUAAGGGCAAUAUUUACUCGAUGAGAUUUCAAAGCGAAGAUUCGCGCAGAUAUGCUCGCCGAAGGGGUUGAUUUUAUUAAUUGAAAAGCGACGCCGUCCAUCGCGACGACCUCGCUCAUUCGAUACAACGGUCAGCCCCGCACGAUUCGCUCCACUUUCGAUAUGCCUACACGAGAAGAACGGGGCGAGAAGAAGACAAGAAAGGUUUCCAAAGUUCAACCAACCGCACGGAUGCUUUAUAGGGUUUUCGGCAAGUUUAAUGUACUACAUUGGGAAUGGAAAGCUUGACCACAACGUACGCUCCGACGACCGUGAACGCCCGCGCGCAUCCGUCGUAACCAGGCGCCCGCACCCCCACCAAUGUGUAGCCGCAAGUUCACCACCGUCGUAGUCAUCGAAGUCCAGACGGCCGGUCACACUUGUUACGCGGUUUCCACGCGUCGUGGAACAACCGAGGGUUUCGCGUGACAAAAUUUCGUUCAACUGUAGCGCCUGCGGGGCUACGAGAUCCGCGUUGUUCGUUUCUUCUAUUUUUCAUUACGAAGAGACGAAACAAAGUGUCGAAAGUCAGAGAAGAUGUGCCCAUCGAAGACGGAAAUCGGUCGAGUGUUCGCCGACGAUUGUGUCUAACGAUAUUUCGCGAUCGCGAAAAGUUUUCCUCCACUUUUAUCGAGAGCGAUGUUCGAUUCCCGCUGACUCUGGUGUUCGGCGUCGGGUCGGUACUAAUUCUUUCAUUGGCACCCGCAACGAUAAGAACGAAAAUGUUUUUCACCCUUCUCGCGCCCUCCGCGACCUUCCAACUCCCACCAACGCCCACGAUCACGACCUCGGCGUCGCCUCAUCAGGUGUGUUUUCUGAGCGUGACGACUCGGCGGUCCGCUCACGUUGAAUCGCGUGACGAUUCCGUUUGAAUAAUCCAGGACUCGUGUUUCCUCGCUAUAAAAUAAAAUACAUUCCACCUCGGCGCGGGGUUCGCGCGGGGUACACGUAAAUCCAACCAACGUCUGUCGAAUCCAGUUUACUAAUUACGUGAAAUUUAUUCCGCGUAUACUAUACGCUACACGCGCCAAGACGGUAUAUCGGCCCGAUUAAUUAACCCGAAGUGGUUCGUGCGCGGGGAGAAGUGAAGCGAGUGAAUUAUGGAUAUUGAUUGAUGAAAUUGAGAUGGAAGAUCCGACGACCACCGAGCUAACCAAUUGCUCUAAUUACAACGUCACGGACAAUUACACAACUUCCGAGGAAGCUACCGGACACCCGUUCGGUUCUGCGUUAAACGUUCCUUACGCGACCUGCGAAGUCCUAGUCGCGGUUUCCGCAGUUUUCGGCAACGGCCUCGUCAUCACCGUAUUCGCGAGGGAACGACGGCUUCGUCGCCGAACGAACUAUUACAUAAUCUCGUUGGCCACCGCCGAUCUGCUCGUCGGUCUCUUCGCCAUCCCCUUCGCGAUUCUCGCGAGCAUCGGUCUACCGAAAAACUUUCACGCCUGCCUCUUCACCGUCUCUGUCCUCGUCGUCCUCUGCACCAUCAGCAUAUUCUGCCUCGUCGCCGUGUCCGUCGAUCGGUACUGGGCCAUAUUACACCCCAUGGGAUACUCGAGGACCGUGCGGACGAGGACUGCCAUAGGGAUAAUUUGCGUAUGCUGGAUCGCCGGUACUUCCGUUGGAUUUCUUCCUCUGAUGGGAUGGAACGCGGGGAAAAAAUCCGACGAAAAAUGUCUCUUCACCGAAGUUAUGGAUUACAAUUAUCUGGUCUUUCUCUACUUCGCCACCAUUGUUUUUCCGGCUCUUCUCAUCGCCGCGUUUUACUCCCACAUUUAUAGGGUCGUUGUGAAGCAGCUGCAGCAGAUAAUGACAAUGAAUCCGGGGCGUCGUUCGGAGAAUCAGACGGCCGGAACGAUGCUCCGUUUGCUGGGAGCGGCGCAAAAACGUGAAGUGAAGGCGACUCAGAAUCUCUCUCGAAUAGUGAUCUUUUUUAUACUUUGUUGGUUUCCCCUCUAUACGAUAAACUGUGUAAAAGCGUUUUGCCCCGACUGCGAGGUGAGCAGUUUUCUUUUGAACUUUUGCAUAAUUUUGUCCCACCUGAACUCCGCGGGGAAUCCCAUCCUCUACGCUUAUCAUUUGAAGGAUUUUCGCGCCGCGUUGAAAUACUUCAUCUGCAAGUUCCUCGUGAUGCGCGGCGUCGCCGAACCGAGCGGCGUGAACGUGAUCAACGGUCGACACUCCGCUCUGUUUCGCCAAAACGUCAAUCAGACCAACGCGGGAGGAUCCCUCGCGGCGAUCAACGCGAGGAACUUCAGCCUUCGAGCGAGUCAGGCGGCGCGAAUCCCGUCGGCGAGCGUCGGGAUUCCGCCCCGCGGAUUCGGAGCGACGAAAUUCACACCGGACUCGUCCCCGACUUACGUCCGGGAGGUCGACGCCUUCAUCGACGAAAGUCCCAGCAACGGAGUGAGCCCCGAUAACAGCGACCGUCAGACGGACGAAAAAUUGUCCCACGACAACUGCAGCGCUUCCGGUGUGUCGUCCGCGGCGAUGUCGCCGACGCUCGCCACCCCCAGUCACCUGGAGCUCAGGACUUACAAGAAAUUGACCCACCUGAACCUCGAGAACGACGGAACCUCGGCCGAAUCCGUAUUCGUCAUUGAUCCCGACGUCAAUCACUGCGUAUCGUCGAGGGAACGGUUAACGACUUCCGACAAACCGCUGCAGCACUCCCCCGGUGAACCGCAGCUGUUUCGAUAACGAUAUAUUAUACACCCAACGAAAUUACACACGUCGCGUCUCUAGGGAAAUUGUAGCCUCUCUUAAUUCACCCAAUUAGCGACUCGUUAUACGAGAUUUUCUCAGCGAUAAAUUUCCUCACCGUAUACACCGACGAACCAACCGACGAGGGUCUCGAGGGUCCGCAAAGGACCUCCAGCGGUCCCAGAGAGUUCGGAGGUCCCGGAGGUGGAGAGAUCGCGCCUAUCGAUCAUGACCCACGAUCGUUAAUAAUAUUUUAAUAGCCCCGUAGGUCCAAAUUAAUUUUCAUACGGCGUAUCCUGUAAUUGUGAAAAUCAUCUUUUUCGAAUUUAGGUUUCUCGCGUAUGAAAAUUACCAGUUACCAUCUGUAUACGUAUAUUGUUACACUACGUGUUGAUCGGAUGUCCUGUAAUACUAUAAUGUCGGAUUAUAGGUAUGAAAAUUUCGAGUACAUGUAAUCGCGUAAAAUGUGUCAUUGAUUCGCAAUGAAUUACUUCCGUCGCCGCGAGUAUAUUUCCAAAGAUUUCUUCCACAUGUGUAAACGUAGUGAUUUUUAUCGUAUUGUUUCAUUGUCAGUCGAGGACAAGCGUUUUGAAAUCGCUUAUGCCAAUAAAUGUUGAUAUUAUAAAAAAAAAUCUUUAUUGGCAUUCCAUUGCAAUUUCAUUUUUUCUCAAGUCACACGAAAAAACUGCGAAGUUGUCUUUUAGAUAUAAUAAUUGUAUGCAUAGUUACCUCUGUUUCAUCGAAUGUAUACGUUCGACGACGUUUCCGUGUCGUUUGCUUUGUAUAAUUUCGUAAAGAAAAUAUGUGUAACUUAUCGUCAAACGAGACCGUUUUGUAUCCGCGUAUAUUUCUCGGUAGAAUUUCGUCACUGCUGACGCAAGUCCGUACAAACUUCAACGAUAAAUUGAAUACAAGACUGACAAUGAGAAGAUUGACAAGAGAUCGACGAUCCGCGACGUGGUCAUAGCUCGUCGUCGGUUAGAAAUGUACAAGGGUUGGUUUGGCCUCGUUACGUGUAUGUGACUCCCAUCGAUAUUGUCAUUACGUUAUUAUUAUGUUGUUGUUGUUGUUUAUUUAUUUAUUUUUUUUUUUUCAUAGUCAAGGUAUAAAAUAAAUAUGUGGCGUAGAAUGAAAUGAAAACGUGCCAGUGAACGUAUACAGUGUACGCAUAAACGGCGUCUUAAUAUAAAAAAGAUAUGUGAAAUAAACCCGGAAUUUCAUAUA